UCUCGUUCUGGAACAUCCGUGGGCCCGGCACGCCAGGGACUCUCCCGCCAGAGCGUGUCAGCCAGGGCUCCUCGGUUCCCCAGAGAAGGAGUCUCAGCUUAACAGUUACAGACGCAAAUGUUCCCCGGUGGCCUUAUGACAAGGGGCCUCCCUUCUCUCUUCAUCUCUGUGCAGCAAGAUCGGGGGUUGCUGAGGGCUCCAAACAGCGGCAGGAAACACCCCUGGCGAAUGUAGGGAAACCUGUCCUGGCCCCGCGCCCGAUGCCACCAUGAACAGCUGCCUGCACACCUCCAGCAACGUCACCCUCCUGACGUCCUCGGUCUCCAGUGUGACCGGGAUAGUUUUCCUCCUCCUGGCCGCUCUGAUCGGGCUGCCGGGCAACCUCUUCGUGGUGUGGAGCAUCCUGUGGAAGAUGAAGCCCAGCUGCCGUUCGGUCACCUGCCUGCUGGUCCUCAACCUGGCCAUGGCCGAUGGGGCCGUCCUCCUGCUCACGCCCUUCUUCAUCCUUUUCCUCACUUUCAAGACCUGGCUCUUUGGCCCCGUCGUCUGCAAAGGCGUCUACUACCUCUGUUGUGUCAACAUGUAUGCCAGCAUCUUCAUCAUCACGCUCAUGAGCGUGGACCGGUGCUUGGCCGUCAGCCGGCCCUACCUCUCCCAAGCCAUCCGCAAGAAGCGCCUGGUGGUCAAGAUCUUGGCCGCCAUCUGGGCAGUGGCCAUCUUGUUGGCCGUCCCGGCCUUCGUGUAUCGCCAACUCCUGUCAGACCCGUCCGGGCGGUGGCAGAUCUGCGAGCCGUGCCACGCCACGCCGGGCCUGGCUGUCUUCCACUUCACCAUGGAGACGGUGGUGGCCUUUGUGGUGCCCUUUGCAGUCAUUGUGGGCUGCUACUCCGCCAUCUUGGUGCGGCUGCGGGGGCGGCGGUGGCACCGCCGGGGAGCACGGACGGGGAAGCUCAUCGCCGCCGUGGUGCUUUGCUUCGCCGCCCUCUGGGUGCCCUACCAUGUGGUCAACGUGCUGCAGGUGGCCUCCAACAUGGCCUCGGGGAGGACGGCGGAGAGCCUGGGCCACGCGUGGAAGGCUGGCCGGGCGGGGGCCACCGCCCUGGCCUUCCUCAGCAGCAGCAUUAACCCCGUCCUCUACGUCUUCGCCGCCGGGGACCUGAUCAAGACCUCAGGGGCCAAGUUCAUUGCCCAGUUCUUCGAGGGGGCCUCCGGGGAGGUGCACAAGAAGUCGCCCUCCCAGAGGGACCUAGACAAGGACACAGUGGCAGGAGAGGGCGUGGAGCUAAGGCAGCUUCAGGCAGGUGGGGAGGGGACCAAGCAGGACGGGGCCAUGCACCAGUUGACACCCCCUGGACAGGGUCCAUACCAAGCUGCAUCCCCUUAGCCCUCACUGAUGCAGUACCACUUGUUCACUGCCCUUGUGGGUGCUUUCCCUUUAAGAGUGGAGUUUCUCUCUGCCAGACAUGGUUUCUCAUGGAUACUUGCUCUUUAAGAGCAGCGUUUUACUGUCAGACUCACGCUCAUGGACACUUUCCCUUUAAGAGCAGGUCCUCAUGGACACCUCCCCUUUAAUUUGCUCUUAAAGAAGAGUUUCUCACUGCCAAACAUUUCUCACUGCCAGAUUCUGGGCCUUGUGGAUUCUUCCCCUUUAAGAGCAGAGUUUCUCACUGCCAGACUUUGGUCCUCCUGGACACUACCCCUUUAAUUUGCUCUUAAAGAGGAAUUUUUCAUUGCCAAACAUUUCUCUCUGCCAGAUUCUGGUCCUCAUAGGUGUUUCCCCUUUAAUUUGCUCUUAAAGGGGAAUUUCUUACUGCCAAACACUGCUGCCUUACCUUCUUGUGCCCCUCCUAUGUCAUGGGACACGCCCUUCACAGGUGCAGUUUAUCCCUGCCAGACUCCAUCCAGCAUGGAGACUUGCCCUUUAAGGGUGGAAUUUCUCACUGCCAGACUUUGAUCCUCAGGGAAACGUCCCCUUUAAGGAUACUGUUUCUCACUGCCAGAGUCCAAAUUUCAGGGUCACUUCCCCUUCAAAGGGCAUUUAAAGGGGAAUGUCUUCAUGCUGGACUCCCAUUCCCAUGUUGUAUUAAUGGGAGCACACUGCUGCCCCCUUGUGGGCAUUUCGAUUCCAGCUCCUAGACUAGAAAGACAGGAACUGCCCUGCUCCCAGGGCCCACACCGCUGGCCCUUGCCCCAUGGACUCAUGCGGUUACCAGCUGUAGGUGCUGUGAAUACAGAGCAGCACCCAUUCCGCCUCAUCCCACUGGCAGUGCCGAAGACAUGCCAGGGCCAGCUCCUCACCUGAUGUAAUACAAAGGUUGUUAUUUGGGUAGCACUACCCAGUCUAUGUUCCUGGGGUCUCUCCCCGGCUCUGAGAGGGCAGUGGGGUCUAGUGGU